CGCCUUAUAUAAUUGGAGGAGAGCGAGCCGGGUCGCGGUCAGCCAUUGGCUGCCUCACAUGUCAGUUAGGUUGGCGGGCGGUGACGUCAGCGCGCCAGACACGCGCAGCCUCUUCCCGCGUGGUGGCGACAGAAGCAGAAAUCGAUGAUGUGGACAGUGAAGGCAGUUGGCCUCGGGGUGGUGGCCGCCUCUCUGAGCUUGGAGCUGUUUGUCUGGUUCCUCCGGCGCCUCAAGCCGGGACGAACCCUCCAUGAGGUCCUCUUCUUCCCCUCAGAAAUGGCCUGUGUGGAGCACAUCUUCAUUCCCUCUUCACCACAUUCCUGUUUAUGCCCAUUGCCUCAUGGCGUCGAGACCUCUUUCUCCCGUCUUCUCGGCCGCAUCCUGUCUGCCAAGUCUUCUUUGGACUUGUGCAUUUUUUGCUUUUCUAACAUGGAUCUAUGCAGGGCUGUGUUGGCGCUGCAUAGCAAGGGCGUAACCAUCCAAGUCCUCGCUGACAAGGACUACGCUGCCGUCCCUGGCUCCCAGAUAGGGGUCCUCCGCAAGGCCGGGAUCUGUGUGCGCUGUGACGGGGCCCCUGUGUACAUGCACCACAAAUUUGCAGUGGUGGACGGUCGGCUGCUCAUCACUGGCUCCCUCAACUGGACGCUGACAGCAGUGCAGAGCAACAUGGAGAACGUCCUCAUCACGGAAGAGCCCGAGCUGGUGCGACCCUUCAUCACAGAGUUCAGCAGGUUAUGGGCGUUCAAUGAUCCAGCUCCAAGCCAUCACUCAGUCGACCAAAAACCUGCUCACGUUGUCUCUAGAACCUGUGACUAAUACGCUGUGAUGAGUGUUUAAUCAGAGUAAGUGAGGUUGAAGGUCUGUAUGUAAAAACCUUGCAGUCAGCUUGGCGAGAGAAUACCUCCAGAAUCUAUAUUUUCUUGUUAUAGACUUGUUACUUUAAGUUCGUGAAGAUUUGUUCAAUUGAAGAUGUUACUGUGGAAGAUGACAGGAGUUCAAAGCCUUUAAUAUGUAUAUAAGAAGACAGGCCUAAUUUUGACAAAUUUAUCAGGCUGAAUCUGGUUUAUUUUUUUAUAAAUUUUACAUCACUGUGUACAAAAACACUACAUGUCCACUUGCCGCAGACCUAAGACGAGGAUAAUAUGUAAUAUAUAAUUUGGCCUGUUUAAAAAAAUGUAAUCCCCUGUUCCGGUUAGUUUAGAACAUUUCUUAAGUUUUUAAAACCUUUAUAUUUUUAUAUACUGUGUCACAGAUUGAAAAUAUGUUAUAACAGCUAUAACAGUUCCUUUUUUUUCCUUUUUUUUUAAGAUUUUCACUGGUGACUUCAUUGAUCUUGUUCCUUUGUAGCCAUUACAUAAUCAAUAAACUAUUAUUUUAUAUACA